CUUAAUUGUUGCUCAUACGUAUAGUAAGUAUGUAGUAAAAGCUAGCUAGCUUUGUACAUGGGCCUAUCUAUAUAUUGAUCUGCUCAAUUUCCCAAAUGUGGAAUCUGGAGAAGGUAAGCUUGUGAGAAAUGGCUAAUAAGCAUAAACUCAUCAAAACUAGUUGUGAAAUGCAGUUUCUCAGGGCUGCUAUCUGUAUACUAUUCUUAGCAAUGUUAGACUCAUCAUAUUCAUUGAAGGACAGCAGUAACCCUAGUUAUUAUUAUAGAUUUGAAGAUCGUGUUCGGAGUGAGAUGGCGGGAGAAGAAUGGGGGAUGGUUGAGACGAAUGGAAACGGGCAGUUUGUAUUGAACGGGCAGCCCUUCUAUGUCAAUGGGUUCAACACAUAUUGGUUGAUGGUGUUUGCUGCAGACGAGUCGACCAGAGGGAAAGUGAGUGAUGUGUUUAAGCAGGCGUCUUCUGUUGGCAUGACCGUCUGCCGCACUUGGGCUUUCAAUGAUGGCCAGUGGAGAGCUCUUCAGAUAUCUCCCGGGGUCUAUGACGAACUCGUCUUCAAGGGUUUGGAUUUUGUGGUGAGUGAGGCAAAGAACUAUGGUGUGAGGCUUAUACUGUCUUUUGUUAACAAUUGGGAGCCCUAUGGAGGCAAAAAGCAAUAUGUUAAAUGGGGUAAAGAUGCAGGCCUCAAUCUUACUUCUGAUGAUGACUUCUUUUCAAAUCCCACUAUCAAAGCAUACUACAAAUCUCAUGUUAAGGCUGUGCUGAACAGAGUAAAUACCAUCACAAACAUUGUAUACAAAGACGAUCCUACCAUUUUUGCAUGGGAGCUGAUAAAUGAGCCCCGUUGUGAAUCGGACCCGUCGGGAGAUACGUUGCAGAAUUGGAUACAAGAAAUGGCAGUCUAUGUGAAGAGCAUGGACUCAAAACAUCUUGUAGAGAUUGGUUCGGAGGGUUUCUAUGGCCCGUCAACACCUAGCAGGACUCAAUUCAACCCAAACACCUAUGCUCAACAAGUUGGAACUGAUUUCAUUAGAAACCAUCAAGCUCUCGGGAUUGACUUUGCCUCUGCCCACAUUUAUCCCGAUUCUUGGAUUUCACAAGACAUCACUGAAGCACAUGUGGAGUUCACGAAAUCAUGGAUGCAAUCGCACAUUGAAGAUGCUGAGAACUACCUGCGGAUGCCGAUCAUUUUCGC